UCAGACAUAACCUUUAUUUCACACGAUUCAGAUCGACGCGCAUGCCAGCCAAGUCGCACAAAAUUAAUAGUAAAAAAUCUUUUUGAUAACGAAAAAAAAUUCAAAAUGAAUUGUCAGUGCAAAAACCAUUGCAUCACGCCACGCUCUUGCCAAGUGGAGCAGUGCAUCCCGGGGGUGAAUAGUUACCUUUAUUCGCCAGAACAACAAUGUACAUGCCGGCCGUGUACUCAAUGUAGUUGCACCUGCAAUAAUAUGGAAAACAUGUACUGCCCCAUGGAUUACUCAGUCUCGCAGCAGCCCCAGCCGCUUCCCCAAAAUGCCUGCAUGCCCAACAUGUCCUGUUUGAACCGCAGCUCAAUGCAAUGCAAUGCCGGCGGCUAUAAACCGAACGGGGGCGUCUCAUUAAACAUGAUCAACUCUCCGACACGAUUCCAACCGGAAUCAAUGUGCCUUCCGGGACAGCCAAUCUGCCCCGGCAAAGACAGGGGCAUGCCUUGCAUGCCGUGCAUGCCAAAUUCAGUCCCGAACUCCGGCGGUGGCCAAAUGGAUCCUUCCCAGGCAUGCUGUCGGCCGCGCUGUAUGAAAUUUAUGUAAACGUGAAAACAAAAUGGCGGCCAUCACAGCCACCACGAUUGGCGACGCUAAAGUCCUGUGACCAAUUUUGUUUUAUGUGUGAUUUGAAGUGAAUUGACGUUUAUCACCUCUGUCAGUGAGUUCGAUUCACAUCACAUUCACUCUCAUUCGAUUCAUGACGUAAAAUUUUCUGUGCUUCACCUCGCAUCGUUCAUCGGCGCCAUCUUGAAAAUGGAGGACAUCUUCAAGUGCACCAGCCACAUGGUGGAUAAGUUUGAGAACGUGAUGGAAGCCAUGACGAAGCUUGUGCAUUACGAAUCAACGCCUGAACGACAAAAUGGCGGCGCUAAUGACACUUGCGUACGUCCGCUGGGCUGCGAAAGGUGGUGCCGCGAUAUAAGACCACCAAAAAAGAAGUAUGUCGAGUUUUGCGAACAAAGAGGUCCCAAUCUCAUGAGUUACCAGCAACAAGUGUACUGCGCAAGGAUUCACUGUAAUUCAAGAUACGAUAACUAUUACAAUGCGUACAACGUAGACUGGCAUCCGGCGUGCGAUUGGAGGAGCUGCUAGCACACAAAAUGGCGACGACAAUUCAAGUUCCACAUAGAAAAAAAUAAACUUUUUACGCAGUAAACAAA